CCUCUCCUCUUCCUCUCCAUCCCUCUCCACUCUCUGCAUCUCUCUCGACCAGCUCCGCUCCCCCGUCUCCUCCUUCUGCGCGCGGGAUCCUCGUCGAGGGGGACUUCGUCUCACCGAGGGGACCUCGCGAACCCCGGCGGCUGAGACGGAGCUGGGUCACAGAAGAGAGAGAGAGAGAGACCCCAAAGAGAGAGAGCAGAGAGAGAGAGGCGCUCCCGAGGAGGGAUCGCCCCCCCCCCUCCCCCAGGAAGAGAGCUGGGAGUGACAGAGCCAUGACUCUCCGCGCCACGUGCCGCGGGCGCGUGCGCGUGUUGCCUGGCGGAGGAGGAGGAGGACGCGGGCGGCGCGGGCUGCCGCAGGCCGCGUAGCGCCCGCGGCCGCCAUGCGGGCCCGCGGAGUCCCCCCCGGGGGCCCGCCGGGCGCGCGGAUGGGGAGCGGCGGCCCGCCGUGGUUCCGCGCGGCGCUGCUGCUGUGGCUGACGGCGCGGGCCGUGGCGGGCGACUGCUGGAUCGUGGAGAGCGACCGCAACAUGGUGCCGCGCGCCAUCUGCAACCAGAACACGCCGCCCUUCGACGCGAUCCCCCGCGGCCUCAACGGCUCCAUCGCCGACCUGCGCCUCAACCGCAACAAGAUCCGCGCGGUCGCGCGCGACUCGCUGUCGCGGUACCCGCACCUCGUCUACCUGGACCUCUCGCGCAACCUCAUCGCGGACGUCGAGGAGCGCGCCUUCUCGGCGCAGCCGCGGCUCCGCGUGCUGCUGCUCGGCCACAACCGCCUGGAGGUGCUCACGGCGUUCACCUUCGCGGGGCUCCCGCACCUGCGCGAGCUGCAGCUGCAGGCCAAUCGCCUGCGCCGCGUCGAGCCGCUCGCCUUCCGCCAGAGCGCCGCGCUCGCCGCCCUCGACCUCGCGGGGAACCGCCUCGCGGCGCUCGACGCGGCGGCGCUGGUCGGGCCCGAGCGCCUCGAGUCGCUGGAGCUGCACGGGAACCCCCUGCACUGCGAGUGCGAGCUGCGUGGCCUGCUGCUGUGGAUGUGCGCGCACAUCAACGCCUCCGCCUCCUCCUCAUCCUCAUCCUCCUCCUCCUCCUCCUCCCCUGCCUCCUCUUCGGCGGUGGCGUCGUGGGAGCGGCUGUCCUGCUCCUCUCCGCCCGCCAUGAAGGGAGUGCCGCUGCUGCGAACGCGCGGCGCCGCUGGCCACCGCAGCGCCCUUCGCAAGCUGGUGGCCUGCAGGGAUUACGCUCCCCCGCCGCCGCCGCCGCCAGCGCCCAGCACCGCUGCCGUCGACCCCCAGGGCGCGGGGUCGCAGCGGCCGGGCGUCGGCGGGCGCGGCGGCGGCGGCGGCGGCGAGGAGGAGGAGGGGGAGGAUAGCACGGACGGGGGCUCAGGGAUGGCCACGGACGUGGGCCUGCCGGGCAGGAGGCCGACCCCCGCGGGGCCCGUGAGGGGGAAGGCGCUGCCCUCGCUGAAGCUGGUGUCUCACGCGCGCACGUCCGCCGUGCUGCGGGUGCAGAUCCCCGACCUGUUCGACAAGAUGUACGUGCUGGCGCACUACAACCGCUCCGCGUACAGCGACGUCAAGAACUUGCGGCAGAACCGCGAGGAGGUUCGCGUCGAGGGGCUGAGCGCGCACCGCAACUACACCUACUGCGUCGUCUCCAUCCGCCACGCGCAGCGCACCAAGCACGCGUGCCUCGACUUCCGCACGCCGGGGGGGCCGCGCGGCGGCGGCGCGCACCGCACCAUCACCCUGCUCGGCUGCGGCCUCGGCCUGCUCUUCCUGCUCGCCGCGGCGGGACUCGCGCUGCGUCGCCGGCUGCGCGGCGCGCGGCGCGGGGCCGGCGACGGCGCGGGGGGCGCCGGGAACGGCGCCGGGGGCGCCUCCAAGGCGGAGCUCGCCAAGGGGAGCGACGUGGAGGAAGCGGCGGGCGGGGGGCUCGACCCGCGCCCCCCCGCGCCCCCCGCCGACGCCGCCUGCCGCGACGCCAAGGCGGACGAGGGAAGGGACGCGGGCGGCGCGACCAAGCACAGCUACAUGGAGGUGCGGGCCCCCGCCGAGGUGCUGGCGGAGACUCGGGCCGUCGCGGGGGUCGCGGGGGCGGCCGAGCGACGGGGAUCGGCGGCCGAGAUCUCCACCAUUGCCAAGGAGGUGGACCGCGUCAACCUCAUCAUCAACAGCUGCAUCGACGCUCUGCGCGCCGAGGCGCCGCCACUCUGCGACUCCUCGUGCUCCGCGCCGCUCCUGCUGCUCGCCGGCGACGUGCACGCCGAGCCGCGCUCCCACGGGCCCCAGGGACCGCUCGGGCCCCAGGGGCCGCUCGGGCCCCAGGGGCCGCUCGGGCCCCAGGGACCGCUCGGGCCGCAGGGACCGCUCGGGCCGCAGGGACCGCUCGGGCCGCAGGGCUUCCAGGUGCUCGCGACCCCCCCGUCCACGGGAACGCGGGGCUCUUACGUCCCCAUGGCGGCAUGUGGACACGCGGGGGCUACGCCGGUGGCGCCUGGAUCAAAGCGAGCGCGGGGUGGCGGGGCGGGGGGGUCGGGGGGAUUGGAGGGUCGGGGGGGCCCGGGGGCCCAGGGUAGGCAGGUGGAUACGGGGCUCCGCGUCGCGGGGUCAGGCGGAGGAGACCGCUCCGCUCCGUGCGCUCCGCUGCCCGGCAUGCACGACCCCACGCGGCCGCUCCUGCCGGCCCCGGCUCGGGGCGGCGGGGGCCCCGAACCUCCGGGCCCCCUCGGCCCCCUCGGCUCCGCCGCGGGCCGGCAGCGCACGCCGUGUCCCGGCGUGGAGCUGCGGGAGGCGGCCGCGGUGAGGCACUCCCCCGGGAGCCCCCCGCCGUGCCGGCCCGGGCUGAGGCGCGGAACCGGGAUCCACGCCUACGCGUCCAGCCCGGAGUGCGGAGGGGGCGCCGAGCUGAGGCCCGGGGGCCCGCGGGGGCUCUGGGCCCGGCUUCGGAGGCCCCUGCGAAGGAGGGCCCCGUGGGGCCCCGAGAUGGAACCCAUCGCCGCGGGACACGCGCUCAAACGCAAAGUGCAGCUGGCGCGACACGAGGACCUUCACGACAUCCUGGCCUACUGGAAGGGCGUGGGGGCCCAGCGGCGAUAAUUAGGGGGGCUUCCCCUACGCGACCCUCCUCGCCGUUCCCGCGAUGAGCCCCCCCCCCCCACACACCGCCGACCUCUCCUGGGCUCCUGUCUUCCUCCUUCAUCGCCGCCAGCCUCCACCCCCCCCCCCCCCCACACACCAAGUGGCAUGAUAAUCGCACUUGACCUCUCUGACCCCACGCGACACGCGGUAAUGGCUCACGAGCCCCCGAACGGGGUCCCUGAAAGGGGAUCCUGGGAAUGGGUUCCGGGGUUCCCCCUCUGUGCCCCCCCCCCACUUCCCGUAUCUCCUUGUGCGCGUGCCUGCGUUGCCUGAAAUGUUUAAGUGCGUAACCCCCCCCCACUCCACCCCGUGACCCCCUCGCGCCCCCCCCUCCUAUUCCUUGUGCGCGUGCCUGUGUUUGUCCCGUCCGCGUCCCUCCCCACUCCCCCCGCCGCCGCUGCAUGUCCCCCCCCCCACCCCCUCCGGUUCUUCCCCCCACCACACUCCCCCCUCCCCCCUCCCAGUUUAUCUCCCCCGAUCCUCCCCCCGCCCGACCCCACGUCUCGUGCUCGUCUCCCGGUGUCGCCGUCACUCACGAUGUCACCUCGACUGUAAAUAAACGUCUCCGUUUUUAAUUCCCCGCCA